CUACUGAGACUGAUUGAAUAAAUUUACAGUGAAGCUUUAAGUAAGCUGUAAAUCUAUUUGAGGUGUGUCUUACUGCAAGGCUGUCUGUGCUGCUCGAAAUUAAAUCCAUCAUUCUCCUCCCUCACUGUUAAUAAGACAUGUGAUAAGCAGUGCUGUAUGACUUUCUGCCUGCAGCUGUCCAGUUGAGCUCCUAAGGGAUUACCUCACAGGCUGUAAUUCAAAAUGUAAGAGCUUGAAAAUUAUGACGUUGAAUAUUACCGAGCAGACAAAGCUGGAUCUCUCGAGACUCACCGAUGAAGAGGCAAGACACAUCUGGCAGGUGAUUCAGAGGGAUUUUACCCUACGGAAGACAGAAGAGGACAGACUCAGAGAUCUUCAGUCAAACAUAUUGACAGAAGAUACAAAGAGAAAUCUGCUGACCGACCAUUCCAACCUUAGCAACUCUUUCUGUAUACACUGCCUGCAGCCAUUCAAGUUCCUGCUCAAAAGUAAAUGUCAAUGCAGGAACUGCAAAGUCUUUAUCUGCAAAGCCUGCAGCUGCUUCAACAAAAAAGAGCAUGGCUGGUUGUGUGAUCCAUGCUACAUGGCCAAAGUCUUGAGGAUUGGUAAAUUAGAGUGGUUCCACGAGAAUGUAUAUGCUCGUUUUAAGCAAUCUGGCAGUGCAAAAGUGAUGAUGUCACUGUACAAGAGGCUGCAUGGAGGUCAGUCUUGUUCCCAGCCUGACCUGAGAGUUGGUUCAUCCUUCAGCCAAGGUGACAGACACUCAAAUGGCUCUGGAAGACAACACUGCAAACUGGCUGAAACUUUAGACCCAGAGGAACUGGAGCUCAAACAGAAGUUGAAGAAGCUGACCGAAAACAUCAGUGAUAAAGAAAAAUGUUCUGAAGAGAACUGUACAUCUGAUGAGGAUGAGGCCAAUCAACUAAGAGAUGACAUUAAACCUCCAGGGAGAAAAGAGCCUUAUUUUGUCUCGGCCCUUAGAAGUAAAAGUAUGACAUCAGAUGAUUUCUUUGGCAGCUUUUUUAGGAAUGAGCUGUCCUCUCUGCAGAGGUCUGCUGUUGAUCUUGAGAGACCCACUGUCACCCAAAGGAGGUUGAGUUUCUAUGAGGUCAGUUCUGCAAGCUGUGAGCUGUCUCGGCUAGAGGAUGAAGUAGCAAUGGCAGUGGCCAGAGUCCAGAGAGCUCAAAGUGAGGUUACAGCUAUUCAAAAGCGUAUUGCUGCCUUAGGACAGGAAUAGCAGUGGAAUUUCACCAGCAAAAGUCUCUAGAGUUUACAUAGGAUGGUGUGAAAACCAAACAAAACAUCAGGUAGGAGGAGAAUGCCCCGACUGGUUCAAGCUGACAGGAAGUCUAUGGUAACUCAAAUAACUACUCUUGGCAAGUGUGAUGAGCAGAAAAUCUUCACAGAAGACACAACACAUUGAACCUUGAGGUGGAUGGCCUACAACAGAAGUAGACCACAUUGAGUUCCACUCUGGGCUCCACUCAGAACAGGAAUCUGAGGCUACAAUCUACAGAGGUUUGGAAAGAUUGGAAAAACAUUGCCUGGUCUUUUUAAAACAUUGCCUGGUCUGCCAAGUUUUGUGUCUUUUACUCCAUCCUGUAUAAACUCUAUAAAUUGUUUGUGAAAAUCCCAGGAGAACAGCAGUUUCUGAAAAGCUCAAACCAAUAUGUCUGGCACCAAUAACCAUGCCAUGGACAAAGUCAUUUAAAAUUCGAAAUAAACAGAAGGUUUUUUUUAGAAUUUUGAAAUAUUUCAAACGAAGAAAGUAAAUGUACAAUAUGCACUUGCAUAUUGGAGACACCUGUGUCCAAUUGUAUGCAUGCACAAUUGAUAUUUCUGACUUUGAAAUCUCUCACAGCUAAAAUGGCCAAUCAAACCAGCCCUGCGUUCAUGUUGACCAAGGAACUGAUUGUGAAUCUUCGAGUUGUUCUCAAUUUCACUAUUCACUUACUUAAUCCCCAUUCUGUUUCAGCCAUAUUGUGAAGUAAUUGUUUCCUUUGUUUCUGUACCAAGCCUUGAGUCCCAUGUUGCUAUUCUGGUUUUUGACUUUGAUUGUUUCCUGUUGUUUUGUCUUUUGGUUUCUCUAUGAUAUCCUGUUUGCUGAUCGCCUGACACUUUUGCCUGCCUUGACUUUGAUCUUGCCUUAUGGAUUGGAUUUGUUUGUUGGACUUUAUUUAAUAAACUGCUUAAACUGCAUUUGCAUACGUCUCCGACUCUCCGUUGUGACAGAGUGGUGACAUUAGUGGUGGGCAGAGCGAGGCUUUAUGGAAAACUGAAGCAGUUGAAGCAAAUGUGCCAUAUUGUGUCAAGGCUUCAAAACAAUCCAACACCUGUGUCCAUGGUGACACCUAAUAGUCACUUGCAGGUGUUGAUCUAAAACAACUUUGACAACAAGUCAGACAAGCGUUGACGAAUUCUAGCCUACAUGUUUUUUGUGGCAAACAAGGAAGUGUGUGGGAGGACCGAUAGAGUUCUCGACUGGUAUGCUGCUGCCUUGGAUUUGAAUCCUGUGUGAAGUGUGCCUGUCCACAUUGUUGUAAGGGCCAUUUAAAAAUUUGUAUUUUUUUAUUUAAAAAAUGUUUUUUUAAAUUCUCUC